UCCCAUAAAAAUGAAACGGUAUUCAUCGAAUGAUACUGAAAUAAGUCAAUCAGAAACAAAUAAUACAUUGUAAUAUAUUCCGGUGAACAUUUGGCUGUAGUUUAGAGGGUGAACUCUCUUGUCGUGUUGCUUUCAAGUGACUCUCUGACGACUGUACUGUACCGGAGAUGCCAAAAUGGCUGCAAGUAAUUACUUCGGCUUCACCCACGCCGCCGGCCCACAGUACAGCACCGCAGUUCCUCCCCCAGCCUACUCGCACCCUUCCACAGCCACCUACAGCGUCCAGCAGGCUCCAGCGGUGCCUCAUGCCGUGACCGCCUCCUACUCUCCGGCCACGGUCCAGGCGGCCCAGCCGGUCGUCACCUCUCCUUACGCCGCCUAUCAGAGCCACCAGCCGCCGCCAGACUACGCCUACAGGCCGCCGGACCCCCCUGCACCUCCACAGCCCACCACCACCCCACAAACGUAUCAGGUGUACUCCGACGCGGACAACUACAGCUUUGCCCGUCCUGCUGUUGUGACCACCUAUGACAACAAACAGUACUACCAGACAAGUGCCGCUCCAGCUCAGAGGAGUUCCACUGACAGUUACUACCAGACUGUGGGCGUGAAGAGCGACUACAGUCCCGCCCCCACCACUGUGUACAGCCACCCUCCUCCUCCCCAGCGGCAGGUAACAGCGCUGAAACCAGUGGCCCCGAGCAGCACGGUGUCCGCCAGCUACAACAUCUACCCGGUGUCCUGCAGUGCGGCAGUGCAGCCGCCGCAAACGUCCAUCUCGUCCUACACCCUCGGCUCCACGUACGGCUCCACGUACAGCUCCACCGCAUCAGCCACCUCCUACUCCGGCAUCAGCUACCCCGGUUAUGAUUCAACCGGCUACACCUCCACAUCCGCCCCCACCUAUUACCAGCCGGCUCAGCAGACUCUGUCGCAGCCUCAGCCCGCCUCCCAUCAGCCUCAGCAACAACAGCAUCAACAGCCGCAGCCACCCAAGCAGCUGACGAGCGCUUCCUGGAUCAACCCCGGCAGCAACAUGGUGACAAGCCCAGCGGGAAGCUCCUACAAAAAGCCCUCUUUUUACCAGAACAAGAUGCAGAAGCCCAAAGGGCCCGCCAAGCAACCCCAGCUGCAUUACUGUGACAUUUGUAAGAUUAGCUGCGCUGGCCCUCAGACAUACCGGGAGCAUCUGGAGGGCCAGAAACAUAAGAAAAAAGAGGCAGCCCAGAAGAGUAGUGGCCAGACAGGCCCCAGCUGUGCCCCCCGAGGGGUCCAGUCUCAGUUACGCUGCGAAUUGUGUGACAUUUCCUGCACUGGAGUUGAUGCUUAUGCCGCACACAUCCGUGGGGCCAAACACCAGAAGGUGGUGAAACUACACACCAAGCUGGGCAAGCCUAUCCCUUCCACCGAGCCUGUGUUGCUGAAUUCCGCAUCAACCGUCACCACGUCAACAGCUGCCAAACACCUGGCCUCCACCGCUGUCGUUGCCUCAGCAACAACCGUUUCAACUCCCGCCGUCACGUCCAAACCCAACACUGUGGGAAAAACCCUGACAAUGGUCAAGAAAACGGCUCCCUCCAAAAUAACUUUCACUUCCAAUAAGUCAACCAGCUCCCCGGCAGCAGCAGUGAAAGGGGAAGAGACCCCACAACCAGCACCUGCUUCAAAGGCGGAGCUCCAGAGCGAGGAUGAGGAUGGCGACAGGGCAGGAGGCCUGGCGGAUAUCCAACCCGUCGGGCAUGACUAUAUCGAGGAGGUGUGUAACAGUGAAGGCAAAGUGAUCCGCUUCCACUGCAAGUUAUGUGAAUGCAGCUUCAAUGACCCAAAUGCUAAAAACAUGCACCUGAAGGGAAGAAGACACAGACUGCAGUACAAGAGGAAAGUGAACCCGGAGCUCCCUGUGGAGAUCAAACCGAGUAACCGAGCCAGGAAGCUGCAGGAGACCAAACUGAAGAAACAGAAGGCGGUGCUGAAGAGGCAGCGCGACGACGAGCAGCGCUGGCACAUGGAGAUGAGGCGAUACGAGGAGGACAUGUACUGGAGAAGGAUGGAGGAGGAACAAAUGUACUGGGGUGAUCAGAGGCGCAGGAUGGGACCCCCGCCUUUGAUGAGUCGCCCGGGUAUGCCAGUGCCUCCUCUGUUGCCGUGCGUGCGUCGUCCAGAGUCGCCCGACGACCGGCACGUCAUGGCCAGACACGCCACCAUAUACCCGGGGGAGCUGGAGCUGCAGGCCGUUCAGAGGAUCGUCUCCCACUCGGAGCGAGCCCUGAAGCUGGUGUCCGACACCCUGCUGGAGAAGGACAUGACACCCAGUGUUACUGCUGCUGCUGCUGAAGGUGAACAACAAAAAAGUACUGAGAGCGCAGCACGGCUGCUGAAAGGUGUGAUGCGGGUGGGCAUCCUCGCCAAGGGCCUGCUGCUUCGAGGUGACACUAAUGUUGAACUCACCGUGCUGUCUACUAAAAAACCCAGCGUCGCUUUACUCAAGAGCAUCGCUGAACAGCUGCCCAAACAACUGGCGACAUUUUCUGAAGAUCAGUAUGAGGUGCAGGCUCACCCCGAGGAGGCCAACAUCGUCAUAUUAUCGAGCAAGGAGCCCGUAAUGCAGGUGACCGUUGCUCUCACCUCGCCGCUCAUGAGGGACGACCCUGCUGCUGAGAAGGACAAGCAGGCAGGAGGAAAAGCGGCUGAGAAAGCAGACGUGGUGGCAGAGAAAGACCCUCCGGAUCUGCUGGACGAGAAGAAAUGUCAGGAACACCUGGCCGCGCUGCGCCACGCCAAAUGGUUUCAGGCUCGUGCCAACGGUCUGCAGUCCUGUGUGAUCAUCAUUCGGAUCCUCCGUGAUUUAUGUCAGCGUGUGCCCGCCUGGGGGAAGAUGUCAAGCUGGGCGCUGGAGCUGCUGGUGGAGAAGGCGAUCAGCAGUGCGACGGGCCCACUCAGCCCAGGAGAGGCCUUACGCAGGGUGCUGGAAUGCUUGGCCACGGGCAUCCUGCUGUCAGAGGGGACCGGCUUGUGGGACCCCUGCGAGAAGGAGCCCACAGACGCUUUGCAGGGCAUGACGGUCGAAGACCGGGAGUACCUGACCGCCAACGCACAGCACGCGCUACGGCUGCUCGCCUUCCGUCAGAUCCACAAAGUCCUCGGCAUCGACUCCCUGGCCGCGUCCAAGAUCGGCGCUCGCAAACGCAGACGGGACGCGGGCGACACUAGCGAAGGCGAGGCGGAGGGCAAAAAGGAAAAGAAGGACGAGACUGCGAAAGCUUGACGUCCAAAAAGUGCAGCUUGUUAGUUUAGCGUCCCGUUAGAAUGUCACAAUUUGAAUUAAUCGGAAUGAAGCAAUCUUAACCACACGCGCUCCAGAGUGCAGAGGCCGAUCUCAUUUUCCAGUACGAUCAUUACUUACAGAUGUAGAAGUGUGCACAGUAUGCAUCAUUCCAUUUCAUUUCAACUGCGCACUAAUGCCUCUGCAGCUUUUGGUUAGUCACAUGCAACUCUGCAGCAGUCGUGUCCUUUUUUUCCCCUCCAGACUCAACAAAGGUUGCCUAAGGUAGUAAUAAAUGUGUGUUCGGCCUUAUUCACACUGCAGGUCAAAUCCCAUCUUUUGGCCCAUAUGUGACCUGAAUCUAAGUUUUUUUUCACGUCAACGUGAACAGCGCAAUUCCAAAAUGUUCAAAUCCGACCGACCCAUGCAUGUGUAGAUAUAAAUCGGAUAUGUAUCGAAUGCAACGGCAGUCGGAACGUCCCUGUCGCAAUUAUCCCACCAAUACGUCAUCAAAUAGCGGUAAACAUCACAAUUUUUUGCCAAAAUAGACGUUUGCAAAAUAGAUGCUGUGUUUUCCGGACUAUACAGUGCCGCACCCACUAAAUUUGAAAAUGAAAUAUUUGUCCUAAAUUAGCCGCACCGGACUAUAAGCUGCAGAUAUAUACGUCGCAAGAUGAGUUAUUUACACAGAAAUGUAAAUUAUUUGUUACCAAAUGGUGCUUGUAAACACGGCAGUAAAACAGCCGAUCAAACAAAACAGAAGUCAUCGUCAUGGACCCACUGGCUGCGCAAGCUAGCUCUCCAAUCAGCUAAAAAGACUCCACGGUGACGCCUUGGUGAUUUUCCUGAGGAAUUUGUUAAACAAUAAAAACAAAAAUGACAUUGUAAGGUAAUAUUACUAAUACAGACACCCGUGAAUGUGUUAGCAUAUUAGCUAAUGCCAUCGACGCUGGCUUCAUUACAUUACGAUACCUCGUACAAUUAUGCAUGAAAACACUCCCACAGACAUCACACGUGGGACGGUUUAGUCAGUAAGGAUUGUUUGUUAUAUUGUGAAACUUACGAAUGUUGCCUGGAGUGAUGAAGGAAGAAUCCAUCCAUCCAUUUUCUACCGCUUGUCCGUUUCGGGGUCCUGGAGCCUAUCCAUACGCGUAAAAACGCUAUUGACGGCUAAAAGCCUGAACGGCACUUCUUCCCAUUUGAAAGGACUAAAUAGAAGGACGCUGCAGCUCCUGCAAUGAGCGAACUCGUCCAAAAGAUGGCGCCACAGCACAAAGAAACACAUUUUCAGUGUGUUUGCCUGUUGUUUUUUUAAACUAUCGCAUUAUGACCGUCACCAAAGCAAAAUCCAGGAAGUUUCUAUAAGCUACAGGGUUCAAAACAUUGGAAAAAAGUAGCGGCUUACAGUCCGGAAUUUACGGUAGUGGACAAAUGAGCGGAAAACCGUCAAAGAAAACUCUUCAAAAUGUCUCGCAAACGGUGAACGCCAAAAUUAAUUAAUCUUUUACACACAAUUUUUCGGAUCAGAAAAUGUUGACUUUGAUUGCACAAAACCCUUGAAAUUGCAACAAAUGCGCCUAGAACCGAAGCCGUGGUCACGACCUCCAUAAACACUGCAGCACGUGUGACCUCAUGUCAGCAUGCGGGUCCAAUUGGUUUUCUAAUGUGAACGAUUGCAUCAAAAUAGCGGAUUUGACAAGAAUAUCCGAAUUGGACAUCCUUCCCUGCGGUGUGGACUUUGCCCGUGAGAGAGUAAAAAGGAGGUUGACGGCCAGUGACUGCAGACUAGGAGGCACAAUGGACACGUCCACCCAUGUUUAAAAAUCCUGGAAACUAAGUAAAAAAAACCACCUUAAAAUAAGGAUAAAGUCAAAGUAUUUAGCAAGUGAUUAUUAGGAGCAUGUUUGACUGAAUAUGCAGUGAUGUAUUUCAGAGUGAAUAUCAUCCGGCCAGACUUGUUUAUCCUUUGUACUAAAAAUCUAUUCAUCUUCAUUCUGUACGACGCAAGUUAGCUUAGCCAGAUACCUUUUUCUUUCUUGAUUUUUUUUUUUUUUGAAGCUGCUGCCAGAAAUCUACGUGGAAAACCCCUGCUCUUGUGGUUUUGAGAAACCUGCAGGCUGCAGUACACUGAAGGGGGGCGAGGAAGGGGCGAUUGCGCAACAAUUUGGUUUAAAAGUUGACGAGGAUGAUGUACGUUUAGUUGCUAAGAGCAACCAAUUUUAUUUCUAAAACAUUUCUGUCAUCAAUAUUGAAAAAAACCUGUUGCUACCCUUCCCUCGCCCAUUUAGAUGUGUUAUAAGACACUUUUAAGCCAGUUUGUCCUUUACAGUUGUAUUAUUGGUUUGAAGCAGAUGUAAAUAAACAGUCAUGGAGACACAAAAA